AUGGAGUGCGAAGGACAGGUGACACCGGAAGUUAGUUCGGAAUUGAAACCAAAAUUGGGACUUGAAUUUGAUUGCUGUGAGGAUGUGUUCAAUUUCUAUAAUAUGUAUGCUGCGAAAGCCAGAUUUGGCAUUCGGUGUUCUACAACGAGAACGUGCACAUUCACAGGAGAGGUAACAAGGAAAAAAUAUGUAUGCUGUAAACAAGGGUAUGCGUUGACAAGCACUGUUAGUCGUAAUAGAAGACAGCGAGGUUGUACUCGAACUGGGUGCAAGGCUAAACUUGCGAUUUUGAAGGUAAACGAGAAGAAUAAGUACACUGUUGUAGGAUUCAAUGAGGUACACAACCAUGACAUGACCACAGUUGAUAAAGUCCAUAUAUUGAGAUCUCACCGUAACUUAACAGAGUCUACAAAGGCCUAUAGUGCACAUAUGAGCAAAGUUAAUAUCCCUGUACAUAAACAGGUAAGCCUUCUUGAGGUGCAAGUAGGGGGAUUGGAAAAUGUUGGGUUUGUUAGGAGAGAUGUCUAUAAUUAUGCAAGGGACGUGCGUGGGGAGGUGAUUGGGCAUGAUGCAGAGCUGCUGAAGGAGCAUUUUUUGGCUGAGCAAGGAAAAAAUGAAUCAUUUUAUUUCAAUAUGGAGGUAGAUUCCGAAGGAAGGAUAGGAAAUGUUUUCUGGGCAGAUGCAAGGUCAAGACGAGCUUAUGGGUUUUUUGGGGUGUGGUGGUAUUUGAUACGACGUUCAACACGAACUGCUAUGAAAUGGUCUUUGCGCCUUUGUUAG